AUGGAUAUCGCCCUCGAGUUCCUCGACACCUUCGUCUUUGAUUACUUCUACGCCGCGCUUCUCCCCGUCCGCCCCGCGCCUUACAUUCUCGGAGAUGGCUUGUCCAAUUCCACAAUGGCCGACAUCAAGGCCGCCUCGCCCUGGGUGCACCACUCCACUACCCAAUUCCUCUCCUUGGAGCCCCGCGAUGCCGCAUACCUGAGCCAGUGGAAUCGCGACAACCCGUACCGCCAGCUGCUGUCACUCUUCUUCAUAACAUGGUUCGGCGGAGCCAUUAUUUACUUCAUCGUCUCCACCAUCUCCUACGUCUUCGUCUUCGACAAGACCACCUUCAAACACCCCAAGUUCCUCAAGAACCAGGUCCGCAUGGAGAUCCGCCAAGCCUCGCUCAGCAUGCCCGGCAUGGCCAUCCUCACCGUCCCCUUCUUCUUCGCCGAGAUCAGGGGCUACUCCAAGCUCUACGACGCCCUUGAUGCCGGGCCCGGCAUGUGGUACAACUUCUUGCAAUUCCCCUUCUUCAUCCUCUUUACCGACGCCUUCGUCUACUUCAUCCACCGCGGCCUGCACCACCCGUCCGUCUACAAGACCCUGCACAAGCCGCACCACAAGUGGAUCAUGCCCUCGCCCUACGCCUCCAUCGCCUUCCACCCCGUCGACGGCUUCCUCCAGAGUACCCCCUACCACAUCUUCCCCUUCCUCUUCCCGCUGCAGAAGUUCGCCUACCUGGGCCUCUUCGUCUUCGUGCAGAUCUGGACCGUCUUUAUUCACGAUGGAGAGUAUGUGGCCAACAGCCCCGUCAUCAAUGGCGCCGCCUGCCACACGAUGCACCACCUCUACUUCAACUACAACUACGGCCAGUACACGACGCUGUGGGACCGCCUGGGCGGCAGCUACCGCAAGCCCAACGACGAGCUAUUCCGGAGGGAGAGCAAGAUGGGCCAGAAAGAGUGGGAGCGACAGGUCCAGGAGAUGGAGCGACUCGUCAAAGAGGUAGAAGGCGAGGACGACCGGACGUACGGGGGCGAGGAGCUAAGCAAGAAGGACAUCUGA